GCUUCUCCCAACUCCGCGAGGGCCUCUUAUCGCUCACUGCUAUCUCUACACGGCACCUGGCUAAAAGUGUAGUAUUCCAUCUUGGCCGGCCCGCGCGCGCCUCCACGCGUCCCGCGUCGCCGCCACACGCCCAGGAUGGCGACGGCGCGCCGCCGCGGCAUGCCGCUGCGCGAGUGCAACCUGCUGAUCAGGACCCUGGCGAGGCGCGGCAGCCACGCCGAUGUCAUGGCGGUGUACUACGACCUCCGCGGACGCGGUCUCGUGGCGGACAGCUUCACCUACCCGUUCGUGCUCAGGGCCAUCGGGGUCCUCAAGGUACCCGUCGAGGGGCGCAAGGCGCACGCGGCGGCCCUCAAGACCGGUUUCCGGUGGGAUGCCUACACCGCGAGCUCGCUCAUGGACAUGUACACGACGGUGGACCGUCCGGAAGUCGCGCGGAAGGUGUUCGACGAAAUGCCGCAGAGGGCGCUGGUCGUGUGGAAUAUGAUGAUCAGGUGCUAUGUCAGGAGUGGCCGAAACACAGACGCGGUUGCUUUGGCUGAGGAGAUGGAAAGGGGCGGCCUCACACCCGACAGGGUGACGUUGCUGACCGCACUCACCGCCUGCUCCAGAGCCGGUGACCUGAGCUUAGGAAGGAGAAUUCAUGCCUACAUGGAUGGAGUCACUGGGUUCAGCCUCCCAGUUGCAAAUGCACUGCUGGACAUGUACACGAAGAAUGCUUGCUUGGAAGAGGCAGUGAAGCUGUUCGAACAGAUGCCAGCGAGGAACAUCAUUUCCUGGACCAUACUUGUGUCGGGAUAUGCCUUGGCCGGACAGGUGGAAAAGGCGAGAUUACUCUUCCACCAAUGCACAGAGAAGGAUCUAAUCAUGUGGACUGCUAUGAUCAACGCGUAUGCGCAACAUGGAUGCUUCGUGGAGGCAUUGUCGUUGUUUCGAGACAUGCUGAUGCAUCAAGUUGAGCCAGACAGGUUCACUGUUGUCACUCUCCUGACAUGCUGUGCCAAUCUUGGCGCGCUCGAUCAAGGUGAGUGGAUCCACCAGCUUGCUGAAGGUAAGAAGAUGAAGCUUGAUGCAGUUCUUGGCACCGCAUUGAUCGACAUGUAUGCCAAGUGUGGGCAUGUAGAGAAGUCAGUGGAGGUCUUUGAACGAAUGGAAGGCAGAGACACUACGGCCUGGACAGCCAUUAUCUGCGGCCUGGCCACAAAUGGUCAGGCAAGUAGAGCCCUCGAAUUGUUUGAGGAUAUGGAGAGAAGCAGCGCUAGGCCUGACAGCGUUACCUUCAUUGGGGUGCUGAGCGCAUGUUGCCAUGGUGGCUUGGUUGAUGAAGGGCGGAAACAGUUUCGUGCUAUGAAGGAGGUUUAUCGGAUACGACCAAGAGUUGAACAUUAUGGUUGCCUUGUCAAUCUUUUAGGUCGUGCUGGUCAACUUGAUGAAGCUGAGAAGUUGAUCAAGGGUAUACCAAUUGACAAGGACGCUAUGCCGCUGUUUGGUGCACUCCUCACUGCUUGCAAGGCUCAAGGCAAUGUCGAGAUGAGCGAAAGGCUGACCAAACGAAUAGGCAAGCGAGGCUACCAAAUUCCUGAUGUGGAUUUGCUCAUGUCUAAUGUGUAUGCAACUGCAAGUCGAUGGGAGGAUGUAGUAAGAGUAAGGAGCAAGAUCGCACACCCCAGUGUCAAGAAAAAUGCAGGGCGCAGCUUGAUCGAGGUGAAGGGAUACUGAAGAUGGCAGUUAGCACUUGCACAUCUAGUGCUUCAACAUAGGAAUGGCUAAAACAUCCAUUAGUCUGAGUAAUUUUUCCUAGAGAUCCAUUGAUCUGAGUUGAUUGCAUUGAUAUAACCAAAAUAUUAUGGUCAAUUUAGCUGCGGUGACUCGGUUCGUUAACAAUUAAAAAGGUGCUCAAAAUUCCACCUGUUUUUACCUCCUUGAGACCCCGGGACUAAAAUUUUCAGAACAGAGGUGUUGAAAUGCAUUGUCUUCUGCAGUUGGUUGAUUUGAUCCUUGAUAACGAUCAGUACUUAUUUUCAGGAACCGAUCACAGCGAGACUUGUGAAAUUACUAUUUAUUUAACUCCUGCAAUGAAAUGACAUACAUUUCUGGAAACGAAGAAAUCAAGCCUGAACUGACCGACACCCAGAAUUUCAUUGACCCUAAUGCAGUACAUUAUCUUCAGAGCGUUGUUCAGGAGAUCACAUAAGUUGGCUGCCUCCCAACAUCUUGAAAAUAUCUCUUGUAAGUUCAUCCGCUAGUUACAAAAUAUCAAUUCAAGCCACUGUUUGGGUUCGGUGAAUUAACUAAACAAGAAUUCAGUUUACCACAUGAGGCAAAAAUCAAGGCUUUGUAGCCGGUGACAAUAUAGCAGUUUUCUGGCUGUAUUUGCAUUUUCAGUUGCGUUCAUUUCAUAGUUUUGGUGCUACUUGUGGAAGAAAAUCAGAAUGACACACUAUAAACUGAUAAGCUUUCUUUCUCACGGAGGUAACCUGCUAGUACUGCCUAUUACCUUCAUUUUGUGUGGAUAUUUCAGCUACGCAUAACCUUAAUUAUGAGUACAAAAAAGAAAGCCCCGUUAAGUCCGUUGAUAACAUCUAGGACAUAUUAUGGUUCCAGCCCUAAAAAUAGCAGUACAGAUAGGCAUAAAAAGGUUCUUAAUAUUUUUUGAAAAUAUGAUGCAAAACCAACCUAUCAUAUCAUAGAAUUUCACAUCUAUGAAAAGGAAACUUGGAGUAGCCCAGAAGGUACUAUAUGAUAAAUAAAAACCAGAAGGUACUAUUAACUGAAAUUAUCGUUAUACUCCUACAUCUCAUUGUUCAGAAUAAUAUUUUCAGGUUACUUUAUUACAUCAUACCUUAUCAAACAAAGAAAAAAUCAUGUUUUUUCAUGAUCACUAGCGCUGCUAUUUCGACGUUGGAGUACAGUUCCACCUUAGGCUAGUAUCGCUAGAUAUGUUCUUGUUCCAGGGGAAAUACCCUUUGGCUCUCGCAUGUAUAUACACCCUAUAUGGGAUAUUUUUUAAAAAUAAUUAAACAAAAAGUCAAAAUAGUUCAAAAGUAUAUUUAGAUUAAACUUGACUUAUUUGCGCACUAGUAUAUAAGUUUUCACCAAAAAAGAACCAACGUUGACUUCACAGCAAAAAAGACAAAAUAUAUUUGCUAUUAUAGGUCACUAUUCACGAUAUUUUGACCAAAAAUUUGUCUUUUUCAAAAAGAAGUCAAAGAGGAAUUUUCCUUUUGUGAAACUUUUCUCACUAGUACAAUGAAGGUCAAGUUUAUUUCAAAAAUAUUGUCAGAGAUUUUUGACUUUUUAUUGAAUUGCUAAAAAAAAAAUCCAUAUAGGGUACAUAUGUACCCAAGAACCAAACGUUCCCCUCCCUUGUUCCAGUCCAUUUCAAACUCCAGCUUUGGAGAAGUGUAGUAGCUCCAACUUACAUCUAUACUCUUUGAUUAUGUUCUAUUGAGAUCUUUCGUAUUAUUGUCAUGGGAAAGCAUCAGAGCAGUUAUAUCAGAUGCACUGGCCAGAAGCAUGCAAGUCAGUUAUGCUGGUGAGUUUAAACAUUGCUGCUCAGGAACUGGAUGACAUCUGACCCAAGCAAGAACUACUAUUAUACAUGCUUUCUGAAUACUUUACAGAGGUAGUCGAGAGAUUCUUCAGGGGUCCAAAAU